AUGUCUUUGAUUCCAGAGAAGAAGCUUUUCGACGACAAGCUCUUGAUCAAACCUUGGCUACAGUCUCAGUUGAUAGUGAAGGGAAUCAACAUAGUCAUCGAGAGGUCUGAUGACUCUAAGAUUGUUUUCAAAUGCAAAAACAGCGGCGUUUGUGGAACUGAUGAAGAUCAUGUGCACUUUGCCAUCAAGCAACGCAAACGUGCUAACCGAGUGAAAGGCUUGUCUGUCUCAGAGAAGGAAGACAACGAGCGAUUUAUUAGCAGUGAAAAAAAGAAACUUAAAGAUUUAAGAAAGAAGCACAACUGCCCAUUUAGGAUACGGGCAAACUUCUCCUUGAGGUCGAAGAAAUGGUCUAUUGUGGUGGUAAAUGAUGAGCAUAACCACCCAUUGUACCCUAUUAUUGAUGCAAAAGAGAUCGGAAGAAGGAACUCAGAGAAGGACAUUGGUCAUCACCAUCUUCCUCAACACACAGAUGACCGAGACGAUUUUCAGCAAACACAGCAACAACAACAACAACAACAGCACCACCAGAAUACGUCGUCCUCUUCCUCUUCAACAUCUCCAACCCCUUUCGAUAAACCAUAUCAGUCUUACUUGGCUCUGCCAAGUAUUAGCAAGGAGGCAUCCAACAUUUCAUCUCCUCUGAACAACAACAACACCAGUAACAAUAAUAAUAAUUCUACGAUGGCUAAUAAUACCAAUACUGCUGACUUGAACAUCAGUAAUAUCCAAAGAAUCAACAAUUUACAGUUAGAGCUGAAUAACUUAUUGAUUCAGCUGAAUAACAGUAACUAUUCGUUACUCAAUUCAUCCACUAAGCUUUCCCAUAAGGAGGAUAUCUAUUUGAAACUGAUUUCCAUUCUGAAAGACUCUUUGAUGCAGGAAAGUUUAAACUACAGCUACACGGUUUCGACCUCACCUGGUGUGGGGUCUGGCGCUACUCCAACGAACCAGAAUAAUAUUCUUCUUCCAUCUUUACAACCAAUUAGAUCCACUUCAAACCAAUCCUAUAAUUCGUCUUCUGCUCCUCAGAAUCACAUAUUUUCUAACUAUAUUGCGGGAACUCAUGACAACGCCUUUAUGAAGUUCUAG